AUGGGGCUGUACACCCUGAUCACGGACCACCCGGUGCUGGCGGCCACGGCCGGCUUCUUCGUCUGCCUGGAGGGCCACUACCUCUGGCGGCUGCUGGGCAGAGCCGUCACCGACCAGUUCUUUCUGAGACGUGUGGCGCCGCUGGACACCAUCCGAAACUACAGCAUCUGCACCACGACAGACCUGGACGCCUUCUUCCACAUGAACAACGCCCGCUACGCCCGAGAGAUGGACUUUGGCCGCUGGGGCUACCACGUCCGCACCGGCCUCUACAGCCACUGGCGAAACACGGACGUCCGUGUGCUGCAGGCCUCCAUGCUGAUCCGCUACCGCAAGGAGGUGUCGCUGCUGAUGCCGUUCGUGGUGGAGACGCGGCUCGUCUACUGGGACGACGCGAGCCUCUACUUUGAGCAGAAGCUGGUGACGCUGCACGACCGGCGCGCACGCUGCGUCAGCCUCUCUCAGCAGCGCGUGGUGGGCUCGCUGACGCCGCAGCAGCUGAUGACGAUGGCGUUUGGCGCCGAUACGCCGCCGCCGCCGCUAUCCGACAGUGUGCGGGCCUUCAUUGACGCCAACAGCGCGUACCAGCGAGACCUGGCCAUCAUUGAGAAACGGGAGCUGCAGUGA